UUUUGUGUUUUGCAGAUUCUUAUGUAUCUUGAGCACCCUUAAAAUUGGUUAGAUCUUUCCAAGAAAGAGGCACUCCUUAGAUAUCUUCCUUAGAAUUCUUCUACAGUUGAAACUAAAAACAUCGUAACAGUAAAAUGUCAGGUAAAGCAAUUGAAAGUAACCAAGGACUAUUCUUUUUUCAUGUUAUUUAUGUUACAGCAAAGCCCCAGAAGUUACAGAAAGUGUCAUUUUGACCAAAACUAAAGCAAGCCAAGUCAUACGUUUUCCUAAGAAAAACAAUAGUGCAGCUCAGAACAUUUUGGUGAAGUGCUUGUUCGUUAGUUCUCUUCCCCCAGCACAGCAGGUACUUGAGUUUAUGAACAAUUGUUGUCAUGAUAUAUUUACAUGACAUUUGCACGGAUCUGGCAGCUUUUAACAAAGCGCUUGUAACAAAGUGCUGACUAAGCAGGAACAUUAUUUAAGUCUCUGUGCCGUGUUUGGACAGAGCUGGCUGGUGUCUGAUUGAGCAGUUCUUCAAGCAUUCAGGUGCUGCUGGAGCCUUAGAGCAGGGUGAGGCCAUUCAGUGUGCUUCACCCACGCUGAGCAGGAAUGUGGUUUUUGCUUUGCUGUAGUGUGAUGGCAGUGCUGGUGUGACAGCAUUACUGAACUUACUCCUCUGCACUCUGGAUCACUUUCUCAGCGAUGGAGAGACACAUAAAACACUCUUGAAGCUUGUUUGUGUAGUGCCUUGGUAAAAAAAAAUUACUACGAAUUGAUGUGCACUUGCAGAAUAAUCAAAUCUGUACAAAUGCAUUAUUGCCCUCUGAGAGACCUGCAGUGUCUUGUUUUUCUCUCUGUGGGGGAUUUUGGACUCAUUCUUCCCCAAUGCCCAUGUCAACUCUAGUCACAAGCAUGGAGCCUCAACAGAAAGGAAGCAGAUUGCAUUAAAGACUUCUGUAUUCUCAAACCUGAGGUAAAGAAUGUAAAGCUGUGAAUGGAACUGGACAGGUGUGAUUCAUGUACUCCAUCAUUAAUGCAUUUUUAAAUGAAAACCCUUGCUGGGAACAACGUGAUUGUCUUGAAGUGUGUGGGUGAUUUUGCAGCAACUUUAGAUCUGUUCCAAGGAAGGUCUUGCACAAAUCUCUUUUGAAAUGCUCUUUGCUUCUAGGAGUAGAAGGGACGUGUGAGCUGUGUAAUUGUUUGCAGCCAUGCAGUGAGACAGCACCCUCCUAGACACAGACAUGGGCACACCUCUUUAUCUCUGAGCACCCAUCAACGUGGAUGCAAACAGCUGACACGUAAGCCUCUUGGCUGUGUGCUGAAGAGGUGGUGCUGGAAAAGUACUCCUACUGGAAGUACUAUCUCCAGUGUGCCCUGACUAUUCCUUUUGCAGAGCUGGGGUGCCGCCUGAAUUCUCACUAUGUCUGAUGGGGACUACGAUUACCUCAUAAAAUUCCUAGCACUCGGUGAUUCUGGAGUAGGAAAGACCAGCCUCCUUUACCAGUAUACAGAUGGCAAAUUUAAUUCCAAAUUCAUCACAACAGUGGGCAUUGACUUUCGGGAAAAGAGAGUGGUGUAUAGACCCAAUGGGCCAGAUGGUGUUGGUGGCAGAGGACAGAGGAUCCAUCUUCAGCUCUGGGACACUGCAGGGCAGGAAAGGUUUCGUAGCUUGACUACAGCUUUCUUCAGAGAUGCCAUGGGGUUUCUUCUACUCUUUGAUCUGACAAAUGAGCAAAGCUUUCUGAAUGUCAGGAACUGGAUAAGUCAGCUACAAAUGCAUGCGUAUUGUGAAAACCCAGACAUUGUGUUAUGUGGAAACAAGAGUGACCUGGAGGACCAAAGGAUGGUGAAGGAAGAAGAGGCUAAAGAACUUGCAGAAAAAUAUGGAAUACCGUAUUUUGAAACUAGUGCAGCAAAUGGGAAUAAUGUAAGCAAAGCCAUUGAAACUCUGCUUGACCUCAUUAUGAAGCGCAUGGAACGAUGUGUGGAUAAAUCCUGGAUCCCUGAAGGGGUGGUGCGCUCCAAUGGGCACAGCUCUACAGAACAACUGAAUGAGGAGCAGGAAAAAGGCAGAUGUGGCUGUUAGCCCUGUUACAAUUAACUUUAAUGUGUAUAAUACAGUACAGUUGCAGCUUACCUGUUUAACUUCAGGACAAAUCGCUUUGUGUAGUUAUUUAAUGAGCUAUAUUAAUUCUUGAUACAAAUUUUUAUUUGCUUUCUCUCAAACAACAUUGAUCUUCACUUGUAAGGGAUGCAGUUUAUUAGUUGUGGGACAGAGGUUUAUUUUUCGGUUUAGCACUGGAUGUUCCUCUAAUUCUCUACUUGGGGGGGAAAGGGGAGGAAAGGAAUUUUUAUUACCAAAUUCAGAAACAUGUCUCUGUGGACAGCCAGAAAGGGUAGGCUUCUUGAAGGGUUUGCAGUUGCCCUUGGCAGUCUCCAUCAACUACCCAGAGUAGGCAUUUAACUUAGAUAUUGUGACAGCUCUUGGUGUCUCCUAACAAGAUAACCAACUUGCUUCUUGGUUUUUAACAGAAACAUUUAAUCAUUUCACCAACUAAUAACAAUUGUAAAGAACACAUCCUGUGUUUUCCACAAAAGCCUGAGAGUGGUUUCUCCUUGCUCUCCUAAUCCAUCAGUUUUCAGUGACGAAAACAAAAGGGAAGCUCUUCAGUACAGAAUAAAAAGCUCCAGAGAAACACAGGGGUGUGCACACAGAGGACUUAGGGCAUGUCAUGUAAUUGAACAUGUAAACUACAGCUGUACUAUAUGAAAUGUAUCCAAUGCAGCCUACGAGACCUCCUGACAUCAUCUGAAUUUCUAGAACAUGCAUGUACGUAAAUUUCUAUGUAAAAGGCAUAACUGUGCAUCUGUUAUGCUUCUUUCAUAUUGCUACUCAUGUUUUAACAGGAAUGUAGGGCAACCUAGAUGUCAGGAAAAUUUCAUCAGAGUUGGUGCUUUGCACUGAAUUUGUUUUACCAAACACAGAUUGAGAAUGUUUCUUCAAAUUUGGAUUGAGAAAUGAAUGAUUAUUGUCUUCUGGUGAGAUGCAGCUAAGAUAAGAGUCCUGUAGAUCAGUAUUUCUAUGAAUUUAUAAUGCUUGUUUUUGUCUGCCAACCUUUGUGUCCUGAACAUCUUGGUUGUCAUACAGUCAUUUAUGGUUUGUUCAUUUCCUUUAGAUUGUAUUUUAAAAAGAAUAGAAUUACUUUUCUCUCUCCCCCUCUAUGGAUCACAUAAAUGUAAUUUUUGGUUUCAGUGGAUCAUGUUACUCUAACCAUUUUUAUUUAUUCAUAUGACCUAGGAAACAAUCAGUAUUUUUUGGACGUUUGCUCAGACUGAUUUAUAAGAUGUGCCUACCAAACUCUUUUCUACCCUGGCAGAGGUUGUAUAAUUGUAAGGUAUUGCCAAUUAAAGUCAUAACAUGCCAAAUUGAGUCUUGUUACAGACUUUCCACAUCAGCUUGUUUACAGAACUCCAAAGCUAUUGCUUCUUUAGAAAUUAUGUAUUUAUUUAUUUAAAUAUUCUAACUACUGCAAUUUGAGGCAAGUAUUGAUACCAGUUAUGAACAUGAAUUGCAGCAUAACAAAACUUUUGAAGGAAGGACCAAAAAUGUUUCUAGAAUAGGAUCUAAGGAAAAAAAAAAUUGAUGUAGCUUCCGGUUAUAUUAAUGAAUACAAGAAUAAGUGUUAAAACUUGGUUCUUAAAAUAUUUUACACAGUAAUGCAUUGUUCUUUAACAAACACAACGUGUAAAUAUUAGAUUUUUAUCACAGCCUACACAGAAUAUUUUAAAAGUGCAAUAUAAUUAGACUGCUCUGGGGCUAGGACAGAGAUAAAAGAAAUUUAUAUGAGUAUAGGGUUUUGGUUUUUUCUACUCCACUUCUAAAAAUGCUUGUAGACCGGAGUUACUGUAGUUUAAUUCAGAGUGCCUUUUGAAGUUACCAUCAUGUUUCUAACCAGUAGAGUAAGAAACUCUAGUGUAAGACACAAUACAUUUCAAUGUACUUCAGUGUCUGAAUUUCUUUUAAUGUAACUCUUUGCUUUUCAGAGGGUUGCAGUGGAACUUUGUCAUGCAUUAACUUAAAAUGGGAGUUUUCAUGCUUAUAGCUCCAUCCAGUUCCUGAAAACUUUAAGGAUCAUUGCAACCAGCUGUUGAGCUAAGUGACUACUGAAAUAGUGUAAAAAUAUUUCCUUUUGAAUACUUAUGUUUAAAUUGGAUAUUAAAUAUUAAAUACUGAAACUGUCA